AUGGAGCCCCGCAGAACCCCUCCGGAGUACUUUCUGGAGAUCUUUGCGGAUACCACCACCGUCCGAGACGUGCUAAAAGGUGUUUUGAACCUGAUCUUCUUCCACCGCUAUUUCCCCUCCAUCCGACCGACUACAUUCGACGUGCUGGACUUCACCCUCCCCGCCAUCAACGACGUCGACCUCGAAACCCUGAUCGACUCCCGGAUCAGCUCCUUGGUGCGUCAGCACUCGUCUUCCACAACCAGCGCCCUUGACGGUGGCGGUAAUGGAGGUGUACGCGGCCGCAUCGCCGUCGAGUUCUACGAGAAAAAGCGCCGACGCUCGGGGAUGUGGUUCGGUGGACUGGCAGGAAAAGGAGAGGAAGAGGUAUGUUGGGAAGUGUGGAACCUGGACGUGACGAUCGCCACUCCGCGGACAGAAUCAGAACGCGCCAAGGUACGCAAGGCGAUGGAGAACAUGCUCCAGAAGGCCGCGCUGAAGAUCCUCACCGUCGUGAACCGGGAUAAGGAUCAUAUCCCCCCCAUCACCACCAGCGACGCUAACCCCUUUCCCUACCGCAUCGUGCUGAACCCUCGGACGGAUGGCUGGCAAAAUCGCUUUGGCCUGUACUGA